CUCAGCGCACGAAACAAAAAAUUACGUCUUUGAUUAAAAAAAAAUGGUUGAUAAGCCUGAUAAAUAAAAAAAAUAGAUGCAUCAAACAGACUUUAGAUUUUGUGAUUAGGAUCCAGGAAGUAGAUUUUCGUUUUAUACUACUACGUAAAAAAACAAUGUUUCAUUGGGAUACACAUAACACAUCUUACGGCUCAAACAAAUGCUAUAAAAUCACAAUCCUCGUCCAUCCUUUUCGUCCAAUCAAAGAAGAGCUUCACUUUUCAACCAAUGAAAAAUACGUAGAGCUUCACUUGCCUCCUGCCAUUGCUGCCACCAAUCAUGUCUUCCAUGUACAUCAUUGAUGGCUCCCAUCAACAUGACCUUCCAUUAUUUUAAUACUUCCUCUGUUCGGUUUUAAAUGCAACGUCCAAGAUUGCACGGGAAUUAAGAAACUUAGAUAAAGUGUUCUUUUUCCCCAUUCAGCCCUCAACUGCUAUUAUUAUGCACCCCGUACUGUCAGUCUACGGACUACCUAUCAAAUUUUUCUUUCUUCAAGAGUCUAUCGAGAGACUGAUUAAAGUGAUCCUUCCCUUUCAUAUCUUCCGGCCAAAUGAGCUAAAAGUGAAUAAUAAAGCUCCCCACACAAAAUCUGAUGGUGGUUUAAUCGACAAUAAGGAAUUUCUCCAUCUUCGAUUCUCUUUGAUGUAGUCCUGCUGAGUUCUCUUAAACUCUUAAAGUUGUUGUCUAGUAUCUGGAACAACUUAAUUUACGUUGCCUCUAGUCCGAUCAUGAAUGGAAGCUGCCGGUGAUGAAGCAAUUCCAAGCGAAUUUUCGUUGUUACCGGUUAAUCUUUAUAUAUACCGCUUAAAAACAAAAAGAAAAUCAUACUCCGUAUUUCUAAAAAGGAAGAAGAUGUGGAGAGUGGAAAGAAAUUAAAGAAGAAAAUGAUAGUUCUUCACAUCACACGGAAGAACAAGGAGGUUUUACAUAGAGAGCCUCUGUGGAAGAAGGAAAAGUGGAAGAAGAUGGAAAAGAUAAGAGGUUAUUGAGGGCGUGGCUUACGAUAAAAUCAGUUGUUAGGUGAGAAGAUCAAUUUGGGUGGAUAUGGAUUGAUAUUAAACGGCUGUGGGGAGGGGUCUUGUAGUCAUUUUGGCUAUAUUUUCUUACCAAAAAUGGAAUGUUGCAAUUAAUUUGAAACUGCCGAAAAAGGAAAGUGUUGCACUUAUUAAAGAACGAAGGAAGUAUUAAAAGUACAUUAUUGAAAUGAGUUGAGGGUCCUUUCAUUGCUUUAUGCUCAUAUUCUU